CAGGCUCUGAAUGCUCAAGGCUGAUGCUCCGGACCCUUGGUGUGUGCAGGAGCAUUCUGCGUGCGCGGCGGCAGAGCGGGCACCUCCAAGCCAUGGCGGCCCAGAGCAACAACAUGGGUUCCAGUCCCGUAGCGAGUUCCUCGGACGGAUCUGUGACAGCGGGGAUCAUCAUUAUCGGGGACGAGAUCUUGAAGGGGUACACCCACGACACCAACUCCUUCUUCAUGUGCAAGAAGCUGCGGUCGCUGGGCGUGAAGGUGGCCAAGAUCUCCGUGGUCCCCGACGAGGUGGACCCCAUUGCCGCCGAGAUCUCAUCCUUCUCCUGCAAGUUCACCUACGUCCUGACGUCGGGCGGGAUCGGCCCCACCCACGAUGACGUCACUUUUGAGGCCGUGGCGCAGGCCUUUGGGGAAAAGGUCUUCCCCCACCCAGAGAUGGUCGACCUGGUGAAGAAGUUCUUCGCCAAGACGGACGCAGAGUGUCCCGAGAUGAAGCUGGCCCGCGUCCCCGAAUCCUCGCUCCUCAACUACGGCGUCGACCAGAAAACGGGCCUCGCCUUCAAGUACCCCCUCAUCAGCGUCCGUAACGUCUACAUCUUCCCGGGCAUUCCAUCAUUAAUGGAGCGGGCCCUCGAGGGGCUCGGCCAUCUCUUCCGCAAUGAGCAGACCCGCUUCUAUUCCCGGGAGAUCUAUGUGGACUCGGAGGAGACUCGCAUCGCCCCGAUACUAGACCGGGCUUAUGGGCGCUUCAGACGUCACACGAGCCUGGGCUCCUACCCAGAUUGGGUUAGCAACUACUUCCGGGUCAAACUCACCUUGGACUCUGAGUCGGAGAGUCGCCUGGAGGAGGCCCACGCUUUCCUGGUGGAGAACCUGCCCGAGGGCACCGUGGUACCUUUCGUAACAGACCCCGUCUCCCGGGCGGCCACGGAUGUGUACACACUCGCCAAGUCAGGUUCUCCUGUUGGCCAGAAGGUGGCAGCAGCGGUCCAGACCAUCGAGGAAGCCCUGGAUCGGUACCCGCUGUCAAAACUUUGCAUCGGGUUCAAUGGUGGGAAGGACUGCACGGCUCUCUUGCACCUCUUCCAUGCCGUUGUGCAGAGGCGAUACCCGGAAAGGACAGAGAAGCUGCAGGCGCUGAACAUACGCACUGUCUCCCCAUUUCCUGAGAUGGAGCAGUUCAUCGGCGUCACGGCUGAGCGGUAUAACCUCCACGUCUGUGAGGUCCACGGGAACAUCAAGCAGGCCCUGGCCGACCUGAAGCUGCAGCAUCCGGAGCUGGAGGCCGUGUUGAUGGGUACCCGGCGGACCGACCCUUAUUCCUGCACCUUGACGCCCUUCCACAUGACCGACCCCGACUGGCCCCCGUACAUGCGCAUCAAUCCUCUCCUGGAUUGGACAUACCGGGAUAUCUGGAAUUUCUUACGCAGCCUGUAUCUCCCCUACUGCAUCCUUUAUGAUAAGGGCUACACUUCGCUGGGGAGCAUGAACAACACGCAGAAGAACCCGGCCCUGCGCUACACGGACGCCCGGGGGCGGGAAUGCUACCGGCCGGCCUACAAGCUAGAGAAUGAAGAGGACGAACGCACCUCCCGCCUUUGAGCCUUCAGUUGCCUUGGUUGCCCCGGCAACUCUCGGCCUUCCUAGAGUACAAUGAGGACUGGGCCAGGCCUGUAAGGCCUGUGGUGAAAAGCACCCAGUGCCCCUCCACGGACACAUACUGGAGUGCCAUCCGGCAGCCUCUCGGGCCCCGCCACCAGCCUGUGGGGGCUGCCCCACACGACGGCCAGUAGGAGGUUAUGCACACUGCGCCCCUACGUUAAAUGAGCCCAGGGGGCCAAGUUAGUAAAUCCUGUUGAUUCAAGCUUCUGCAUCGCCUCCUUCGGUUUUUGUCCUCCCUCACCUAAGGUCCCGUCCUGGCGUUAACAUUUAUGCCUUUUUUAGCACGUUGGGUUGGAUCCAGAUCGAAUGCUCCAGCGGCAGAAAGGAAGUUUCCUUCCUCCCCUUCCCACUGCGGCCUCACUGACUUCCACAAAAUGCUACCCCAGGAGGAGAGGGGACUCUGAGGCAUGGCAUGUGCCAUGUGAUUCCCAACACUGGGUAGGG